UUUUUCUCUAUAUAAGUGCGACAUCACCCGGAUGGUUGGGCGGUGAGUUAACUCCACUACAACAGACACAUCCCUUCCAAAAACUCAUUUAUUACUCAAUAAUACAAGUCAUAAAACAAUAACACAUGCAUGUAUAAUUUAUUUUUUCUCCACACUCCCCUACAUUUACCUACACAACCUGCAUCUCAUCAAGCCAGUUCUGCCAUCCUUAUCUCAUGAACUUAAGGCAAAUGAAGUCUUGAAUAAAUUGGUCUAUCCAUCUGAGGUAUACUACUAGAAAGGUCUUAAGUAAUAAGACCUAGCUAUUUCUAUUGCUCAGGCUAUUAAACAGGACCAUUUUAUAACACUCACCAUAUUGGAUGAAGAUGUGCAUGCAAUACUAAUAUAUUGAAUUUUCUUUUUUUUUUAAAUGUACAGCUUGGAAGUGUGGUGUGAACCUGUGAUAUGCAGCAUGACCAUACCAUGUGCAAGGUUUGUCUUAAGACAGCUCUGUCUGCAACAUUCCCAAUCUGCCUGCAGAUCAGGGGAUAUUUGGAAAAUUUGGGAAGGACCACACCUGUACACAAUCUUGUGUUAGUCUCUAAUCAUGGGUUUCCACAUAAUAUGCCCUAAUGAAUCCAAGUGCAGGUAGACUGGAAGGCUGGGAACUUUACAAAGCCACAGGAAUGAAUGUGAAAUAGGGUGCCACCAAGAUCAGUACCCACACAAGAAUGAAUCUUGUGUUCAUUGUCAAAAGAGAGAAAAAGCAGCAGAGAUGGCAGUGCAUCAGCAUAAGCUGUCCAAACAACUGUGAAGAGAACAUUUUAAGGUAUUUUUACCCUAGAGUUUUUGAAAGGAAUAAAUCAAUUAGUGCAAAAAUCAGUAAACAGUGAACUUUGGAAGUAUUUAUUAAUGUUACUGUGUCAGAGGAAGAAGCCACUACUAAAGCAGGCAGCAUUUAGACUCAUACCUCAAUAUAUUAAAGAAGUGAUGUAAAACUUGUUUCUAUUGUAGGAAUUUUCAAUAUAAAUGAGCCUCAGUCAUCCAGAUAUAAAACAUUCAAAUAACAAGUAAAACAAAUGUAUGAAAAAUUUGGUUGCACUCUGAUGCAAACUACAACAAGCUCUUGUUCCUUGAUAGCUUCCCAAAAUAGCAGGAAGCAUAACAAUCUCUCACAUCUCCUUUGCAAGCAACCAAAUAUCACUUUUCAUGACCAUAUCAUUUCUGCUUCCUUUCUACAGUAAUAUAUUUCAUUAUACACAUGUAGUUCUACAUUUCCCAUUAUGCAAAUAUAUUUCUGGCCAAGAAGAGCUUUGAAAGCAACCCAUGUUAUUACAAUGCCUUUGUUGUGCAACAUGACAGAUGGUAAAGAUCUACACCCAAUUUUGUAAGUUUUGUGUUCCAACAAGGGAUAUCUACAUACUGUAAAGUUUAUAUUUUCUUUCACAACUACAUCAUUUCUGUUGCCCACAAAUAAUGAACAAAGUGUACUUUAUUUUGCUUAUUUAACCUCUAUUUCUGUUGUUUAGCAAUGGCCUCCAGUCAAGCCACACAAAAUAUACAGUGGUAGGAAAGAAAGAGCAAUGGUAGAGCUUAUGAUAGCAGCAAGGAUAGUGUUUUGGUACAGUUUCACAAAGACGGUUGGAGUAUUUCACAUAAAAUCUUUUAAGAGAGCAAGAUGAUCCCUUUCUAGCAUACAUCAACAUCACAACGUUUGGUUCAGGUUUUGAAGAAAUUCAAUGAAUUUGGCCAGUUUUGAUAAAAAAAAAAUUCCAUGUUGGACCAAUAUUUUCAAAGAAUUUGGCCAUCAUGCAUUGACGAAAUGAAGCAAAUUUAGCUACAAAAACAAUUUAGAGACAUACUUGGUAAAAUUUCUCUUCAACUGAUUUGCUAGCCAAUUUCCAGUGGAAGUUUAUUUUAUUAAUAUAAAUGUGUCAUUCUUGUGAUUUCAGAGAAUUGAGUUCAUUACAAGCCAGAGAACAAAUUAUCAAGAUCUCUUUGCCGAGCUGUGUUGUCCCUUGCCUUGCCAUGUGUUGCCCAUUUGCUGCUGGGGCAGUAUGGUGUGUAAAGCUACCAAGAGAUGUCAAAGAUAUAUGCCCGUUGUACAACAACACAGUGGAGGGGUGUAUGCCAGAAAUUGACUGGGAUGCAGUCAUACAACACUUCAAAGCAUCAUUAAUGACUGAAUUUUCACUACUUUCAAGGAUUUUAGUUUUUCCUAUUUUGUUUCCAUUAUGUUCACUGACUGAAUUUUUCUUCCCCUGCUGUGAUGUCUUUUUUUCUGUUUAUGCUGCCUGCCACCAUGUUUAUUUACUGCACCAUCAAGAAUGGUCCACCUUUUUUAAAUGCACCAAAAUGCCUGCACAUCCACAAGUAUCUUUAUUUCCACCGUCGCCAACAUCACAUCUUUCUGGCCUAUCUCCAUCAUUUCCCCCCCAUUUGCUUCUUCACCCUCGCUUAUCUCUUUAUCUCUAUUUCAGCCACCUGCUACCUUUUUUAUUUUAUAUUGCCUCUAUCUUUUUUUCAUACUUAAACUUGUUUUAAAAGGCUUUUUGGCAGGCAGUUUUCUGCUGAUGACACCAUAAGAUUUACUACAAACUCUGUAUUGUUUCCAUCACUACCAGAAGAACUCUCCUCACAGUCACCACAGCAUGAACUGCAGAAACCACCAUCACAAUCAUGUGAUGUCACUCACUCACCACCAGAAGAACUCUCCUCGCCACCACUACAUCAUGAACAGCUGGGAUCACCAUUGCAAUCACAUGUUGUCACUAACUCACCACCAGAGGAACUCUCCUCACCACCACUACAUCAUGAACAGCCAAAGUGACAAUCACGCAAUGUCACUCAACCUCGACUCCACCACCACUGCCACCAGAGAAGAGUUAUUCACUUCUUUACAAAAACAUAAAGAACACUACACUCUAUGCCAUUGCUGAGAUUUGUUAACAACCACGUCACUUUUAUUUUUGAUGCAUUUCUGCCAUGAACACAAUUCAAGUUGAUGGUUUAUAUUUAAGUUACAUUGCACUACGAGAUUCAUGCGAUUCUGAAAUUCGCAGCAGGGUAUGGGUUCUAAUUUCCGGUGAGUUCUGUUUAUGAGAUUAAAAAAUCUAUCAUCAUGUGUACUUUGCGGUAAUUUAGUCGUCACGCAUCUCACGACCAGAGUUAGAGAAGAAGACCAGACAAUUUUGACAUUGUAGAAGAUGCUCGUGCAGUGCAGAUGGUUAAUUAUUAUUAUGGCAGCGAAAAUAACAUUCGACAUUGCAUGAAAUUCAAAGAAGGUUGAGAGCCGGAGAGAAUGGCGGCAUGUGAACCAGGUCCGUAUUCUCUUUGUCUCAAACAAGUGUUUGGACCUUCGCUCACUAAUACUACAAGCUGGUAUACUGUUUCGAGUGAAUGGUCAUACAGACCGAAUCAUAGUACUAUAUCAAGCACAGUGACCCCGUUUAUCGGUGAUAUUGUCGAAGUAUCCAUCCACGACCUAGUCAAUAACAAUGGCACCAAGGUCCAUCCAUUGUGGUUUGGCUCAGGAAGGAAGAAAGAUACAGUGGUCGUUUCCACUCCUUUUGGCAUUCUUGCUAAGGCAGUACGAGGGAAAAACCCACAAGACAAUAAAGUAAUCGGUUCAUUGGAAUUCAAAAUUAUCAAAGAUUUGAUCAAUUCCACUCCAAUCGAUGAAAUGGCAGGAAGAAGUGAGAUUCCCGCCAUCUUGCCCGAAACGCCACCAACUUCACCAGAAGAUACACUUCCCAAAGUGAUAAAGCCAUGCAACAUUGAAUCGAGUCUGGCUAUGAAGCAACUGUUCGAAGUCUUAAAAGAGUUUGAAAUGUGCCAAAUGGGUCCUUGGCUGAAAAUGAAGCGAGCGGGAUUAGUUGCAAAUGAAUGUUUAGCCGUGUUACAGCAAGAACUGACUUCUUGUGUGCCUGAUCUUGGGAAGGUCUUUGGUUAUGGGUUGCUACACUGCACCAAGGAUAACCAAAAUUUUGUACGUGAGGUGAUAUCGACUGCUUUGGAAACAGUUGCCAAGAAACAGGGAAUUAAAAAGGCAUUUGGUACAAUUUUAUGUGAAGAUAUAGAUACGAGGUAUUUGGAAUCGCUACAAGUUCCCCACUGGCUUCAGUUGUACGUGAAGUUGGCCACGAAACUUCCAAAUCGAUUGGGGCAAAUGCUUCUGAAUUUUCUCAAUAUUGGUCGUAGCAGGGUAAGUUUUAUUUUUACAAGCUUUUUUUUAUUUGUUGACAGUCCAGAAAUCUUUUGUCUGUGCACUCAGGGAAGACUUGGAGGGAAGUGGGGUGGAGAAAUAUAAAAGGGUAGGAAUUUGCAAUGGGUAUCACUUUGAUCCUUUCAUUUGCCCAAAUCCCAGGUGAAAGUUACUUUUUAUUCUUUAAGGAUUCUGUAAAGCGAUUUUCUGCAUGAUAUUACGAUGCAAAUCACAAAAAAAAAUAACUCAAAGCAAUGUUAAUGCCUUCAGUGUUUACUGCACAUUGUUGAAUCAUUUACUUUAUGCAGAAUUUUUCCUCUAUGCCAAUAUGGUAUUGGCUUAAAAAGUUGUGCCAUAUUUUGUUUAAUAUUUUUGGCAAGUGGAAUGUGUGACUGUAGUUGUGCACCUAAAUAGAUAACUCAAAGUUGUUCAUUUUUCUCUACUUUUAAAAAGAAAUCUACUGAUGUGGGACUCCUGCUAACCACUAAUCAGAUUAGAGCCCAGAAAGAUCUUGCCUUUUCGGUGACAAGAAAUGUUUCAAACUGGAGCCACUUGCUGCAGAACUGAGAGGUUAUGGGAUCAGCCUCAAGAUGGCACUAAUCUGGCAGAUAAGGCAAACCCAUUUGCAUCAAGAUAUUUCGCGAUCAGAUGUGCUAGAGUUUAAUCUGAAACUCGAUGGACAACCUCUUUCAGGUGUUUCAAAGAAUUUUGGUUAACUAGUUUGUUGCUGUCGAGCAUUAGCAAGACAGCACACUAUUCUUCUCUGUAGGACGAAAAAUCCAAAAUUUUCUCGGACAUAAGACUCAAAGCCUGCACAGUUGAGUAUUAUCUGGAACAAUUGAAAUCACACGCACAUCACAUGGCUGUCAUAUCAUCUGGGAUCCACACGUGAGAUCACUUUGCACGUGAGAAAUCCUCGCAUGCUGUCAGAUGCUUUCGACUUUCGAAUCUUUCGUAUGCUGUCAGUUGUUUGACCAGACAUAUUCCACUUUCAAAUCUUUCGUACGCUGUCAGUUGUUUGACGUUGCCAUCAUACAAGUAGAUAAGUAUUUUCUGAAUGUUUUCAUUUAUUCAAUUGCAGCUGUCUUUUGGCAGGAAUGGGUGGAUUGUGUUGAGGUUGACAAAACCUACAUAUUUAAGAAUUUGAGAGUAAAGAAAAACAAUUACACAGAGGAAAUUUAUGCCAAUACAGCUAAGGAAGGCUUUCAUUACCAAGAAACGGAUGCCUUCUUAGAACUAGCAGAGACUGAACCAACAAUGAUGGAAAUGACCACUAAAGAUACCACAAUAUCCAUCAUUGGUAUUAAAACUGUUUCAUGCUACUACACCUGUAAUGCCUGCGGAAAGACAACCAAACUGACAGGCAAAUUACUAAAGUGUGGAUCAUGCAAACUUAAACAAAGGAUCACUCCUGAGAGCAAACACUGGUUUGUGAGACUUUUUGUAAAAGACACAACCACCAACAACAAAUUUUACCUGUCUGUCUCUCACCAGCAGCUGGUGAAACUGUUCAAUGCUUCGCAACAAAAAAUGCACGCUGCCCUCACAGAGGAUGAUCUAACUGACAUUCUUCUCAAGAUGGAUGAUUUAAACAUUACUUUAAACCUAGCUGACAAUAAAUUGCUUCAUGUAAAUUAGAUAUGAGGACUAUAACAACAGAAAACAGGUUCCUUCAAUCUUAAAAAACUGUUUUCUUCCAAUGUCCUAUGAUGAUGUAGAAAACUUACUGUCAAUAAUGAUUUUUAUUUGCAUUUUUUCAUUUAUCUAAUUAAAUUUAAAAUUCAUUACAAAGUUAACAUCUAAAAAAAAUCACCCACUGGAUAUUGGUUGAUUAUAUUUCAUACAGAUGUAGGAAGAAAUUUUAAUCCUACUUACUACUGAUUUACUAAGUAUCUUUGCCAAAACCUUUUUGCCAAGAAUUUAUUGUUCAAAGUAGACAUAUUUUUAUAGUUACAGUUAUUGUUCACAUUAAAAAGAAACUCUACUGG